AUGGCUGAGCAGUUACAGUUGCAGGUUCUACAAGAGAUGCAGAGGCAGAUGCAAGAGAUGAGGGCGGAGAUAGCGGCUCUACGAGCGGAGCGAGAGAACGGGGUAGGAGGACCCUCGGUACAAUCAGUGAAUGUGCAGACAAUCCAGUCUAGGGAUGAGGAGGCAAGUCGGCGGCCAUCGGUGGAGGAGGUGGAGGAAGCCGAUGGAGGGGGAAUUAUAGGGAGGGGUCAAGGAAGAGGGAUUGGCCGGGGGGAGGGGCCAGCAGGAAGAGGGAUUGGUCGGGGGGAUGGGCCGAAUGGAAGAGGGAUCGGUAGAGGAGAGGGGUUGAACGGGAGAGGGAGAGGGAGAGACGUUCGGGGUAGGGGAAGGGGAAGGGGGGAGGAAAAUAUAGGGCGUGACCAGGAAAACCCGGAGGGGCAUAGGGAGUUUGUAGGGCAGAAUCAACAAUUCGAAGAAGUUCUGGAGGGUGAGGACCAGUUUGAUCAGGCUGAAGGGUUGCACCCAUUUACUAAUAAUGUUAUGGGGGCAGUAAUGCCGGAGAAUAAGGUUUUCCCAUGGGUUGAGAAGUAUGGGGGCACGUCGGAUCCGGUGAAACACCUACGAUCGUUCGUGGAUGCUAUGGCAGUCUAUUCAUCCGACGAGCUGGUUUGGUGCAGGGUGUUCUCUUUAUCCUUAAAGGAUGAAGCUUUGGAUUGGUUUCAUUCACUGCCACCACGGAGCAUUGAUGGAUUUGUUACUUUGAGGCAAUUGUUUAGCCAGCAGUAUGCUUCAAACUGUUCACGAGGGUUGACUUAUACAGCCCUUGUCAAGAUGAAGCAAGGGCGUGAAGAGUCAUUGAAAGGGUUCAUGGAACGCUUCAACCGAACCGCUCGGCAAGUGAGGAAUGUAGACCAACGGCUGAUAGUAAGUGCGCUCACGACGGCCCUGAGACCAGGACCCUUUGUGGAUUAUCUGUACGAGGAGGAACCCCAGUCUAUGGGUGAACUGCAGCAUAAGUUGGCCGGGUUUAUACGAAUAGAAGAGGGGAGGUCGUAUCGCAGUGACCAGGGGGAAGAGGGGGUGACGAGAGAGAAAUCAGGGCGGGACAGAAGAGGAGAGAAACGGCCGGUCGGAGGGGAACAUAGGAUGACAGUGAAACGAGGGGCAGAAAUACAAAGAGCGCAACAAUACUUCCAUCACACUCCAUUGAGUGCCCCGAGGGUGAGAGUCCUGGAGGAAGCCUUAAGGGCUAAUCUGCUGACGGUGGCACGGUCCCCGACCCCACGGGGAGCGGAUGAAAGUAAACAUUGCCGAUAUCAUCAGAACAUGGGGCAUUCUACGGAGGAUUGUGUCGCGUUGAGAGAUAAGUUGGAGAGCCUGGUACAGGCGGGGCACCUGCGGGAGUUUGUUCGUAGGGAGAAUCCUAACCCGAGGGAGACCCCGGGAAGACACGGAGGUCGACUGCCGGUCGGGCAGAGGGUUCAGCCGACUGCUGAACGAACGGAGGGCGGCGGAAGUGGAGAAAGGCCUCUGAGAGGGGUGAUAAAUACCAUAUCGGACGGUUUUGCUGGAGGAGGGGCGUCCUCAGCCGCCCGAAAGCGGCAUUUGAGAAAUUUGCAUAGUGUGAAUAAGGUGGGGAUUGCUAGAAGAACCAUGCCUACCAUAACGUUUUCAGACGAGGAUUUCCAUGCACCAAAUCCGGACCAAGACGACCCCAUGGUCAUAACGACUAUCAUCGCUCGGUACAGCGUGGGAAAUGUGUUGAUUGACCAGGGAAGUUCGGCCAACAUCCUAUACUGGAAAACUUUUCAGCAGAUGGACAUACCGGACGAGUCAAUAAUGCCUUUUAAUGAACAAAUCUUGGGGUUCGCAAGAAAACGGGUAGAUACAAGGGGAUAUGUGGACUUAAAGGUGUGCUUAGGGGCAGAGGUGGGAGCGAAGGAGUUGAGGGUGCGUUUCCUAUUGGUAGAGGCAGAAACUUCAUACAACGUGUUGUUGGGACGGCCUUGUCUUAAUGCGUUCGGAGCAAUAGUGUCCACCCCUCACUUGACGAUGAAGUAUCUCGCAGACGAUGGCACGAUCUGGACGGUUAGGGCCGAUCAGAGGGUGGCAAGAGAGUGUUACGUGGCGGGACUGAAGGUGCAACCCCCGAGGCAUAGGGUAUGUGAAACCCGCCCGGCAGUGUCAGCUGCAGAGUUGGACCCAAGGGAAGACACCUUUGACCGGGUGGAGCCAAUGGGGGAGAUCCAGCCAUUUCUCCUAGAAGGCGAAGACCGGGCGACAAUGGUCGGCAAGGAUCUUCAGGAGGGCGAGAGGCAAAGGUUGGAGGGUGUACUGGAGGAGAAUAAGGAUUUGUUCGCCUGGACUGCAUCAGACAUGCCAGGUAUCCAUCCCGACGUUAUUUCGCAUAGGUUGUCCGUAUUUCGAGAUGCUCGACCGGUGUCUCAGAAAAAGAGGAGGUUAGGUGUGGAGAAGAGAAGGGCGGUAAGUGAAGAGGUGGGGAAGUUGAUCGAAGCAGGGUUCAUAAGAGAAGCCAAGUACACCACUUGGUUGGCCAACGUAGUCAUGGUGAAAAAGUCCAGCGGCAAGUGGAGGAUGUGCAUUGACUUUACGGAUCUCAACAAAGCCUGCCCGAAAGAUACGUACCCUCUACUGAACAUUGACGCGUUGGUAGAUGGGGUGUCCGGAUAUGAGGUAAUGAGUUUCCUGGACGCCUACUCAGGGUAUAAUCAGAUACCUAUGUACCGUCCGGACAGCGACAAAACCGCUUUUAUUACCGAGCAAGGAACCUUUUGCUACGAGGUCAUGCCGUUCGGAUUGAAGAACGCAGAGGCUACGUACCAAAGACUGAUGGACAAGGUUUUCCAAAGGCAGAUAGGAAGGUGCAUGGAGGUAUAUGUAGAUGAUAUGGUGGUGAGGAGUCGGUCGGUUGAAGAGCAUCUGGCGGAUUUGAAGGAGGUUAUGGAGCAACUUCGAAAGUUUGACAUGCGCCUCAAUCCCGCUAAGUGUACCUUCAAGGUAAGGGCGGGGAAGUUUCUGGGAUUCAUGUUGAUCGCGCGGGGGAUCGAGGCGAACCCUGACAAAUGUAAGGCGGUAUUGGAGAUGAGGAGCCCCCAAACGAUAAAGGAAGUUCAGAGGCUGGUGGGACGGUUAAUGUCGUUGUCUCGGUUCAUCCCCAAUCUGGCCGGACGGACGAAACCGAUCGUGAAGGCCAUGAAAAAGACCGCACAGAGGUGUUGGGAUGAAGAGAGUGAGGAGGCCUUCAAGCAGAUAAAGGGGGUUCUUACCCAGCCUCCAGUGAUGGGACGGCCGGAGCAUGGACACGAAUUGCAGAUCUACUUGGCAACAUCGGAGGGAGCCAUCAGCGCGGCCUUGAUACAGGAGGCUCCUCAUUUCAAGCUGGUGUAUUUCGUUAGUAGAAGCUUGAAAGAGGCAGAGUUGAGAUACCAAGAGUUGGAGAAGGUGGCCCUAUCUCUAAUUUACGCCGCUCGGCGGUUACGACCAUACUUCCAAGGGUUUCAAGUCGUGGUACGAACGGACUACCCGAUAGCCAAGAUCUUACGAAAACCAGAUUUGGCAGGUUGGAUGAUAGGAUGGUCGGUAGAAUUAUCGGAGUUUUGGUUGAAGUACGAGCCGAGGGGGUCGGUGCGGGGCCAACAUCUGGCGGAUUUUGCAGUUGACCUACUCCCAGAGGAGGGGGAAUUCUGUUGGAAACUCUCAGUUGAUGGGUCAUCUAACCGAAGAGGAGGAGGAGUGCGGGUGGUCUUAGAAGGACCGAACGGGAUACUGAUCGAGCAAUCGUUGGUGUUCCAGUUCAAGGUUAGCAACAACCAAGCCGAAUAUGAGGCUUUACUGGCCGGGAUGGAGUUGGCAAGGGACCUAGCAGUAGGUCGGCUGGAGUGUCAAACAGAUUCCUAG